AAUAGUUGUAAUAAUUGUUUAAUUUAAAUUAUGGAUUAAGAUUAAUCAAUCAAAUUGGAAGACAUUCACUAUACAAACUUCACAGACUAUAAUUAAAUACCCAAAAUAAUGCCUAUGAUUGAUGCUGAAUUAUCUGAACCUUAUUCUAUUUAUACUUAUAGAUAUUUUCUUUAUGGAUGGCCAGAUCUAUCCAUUUUUGCUUAUUAUAACAAUGAAAUUAUAGGGGUGAUUUCAUUUAUUAAAUUUCUAGGUUGUUAUUGGAAAAUUAGAUAAGCAUAAUAAAUCUGGCAGAAAUAGGGGUUAUAUAGCAAUGAUUGUUGUAGAAAAGAAAUAUAGACGUCUUAGAAUUGGAAGAAUUUUGGCAUAAAAAUUUAUUGAUAAAAUAAAAGAAAAAGGUUUGAAUUUAUAUUUAAUAUUAUAAUAAGGGGGUGAUGAAAUCGUAUUAGAGACUGAAUAAACAAAUCAUGCUGCACUUAGAUUAUAUGAAUCUCUUGGUUUUGCAAAGAUGAAAAGAAUGUAAAACUAUUACAUGUCAGGUAAUGAUGCAUUUCGUUUGAAAUUAUUCCUAGUGGAUCCUCUUGAUUCUCAUUAAAAAAGUGAAUGAGUAUACCAAAUAAUG